AAACAACCGCAAAACAAACCAAAACCAAAACAAAACAAAAAGAAAAUAACUCAGUUCCUAUUUGCACCUGUUUCAGUGGACACUAAACUUGGAAGGCGGAGGGUUUUCCUUUUUUUUUUUUUUUCCUCCAAGAUUUGAGCAUCUUUUGAAUCUACUCUCCAAGUAUUUAGGAACAGACUGUGAGCCUAGCAGGGCAGACCGUGUCCAGUGCGUGUUUUCCUCUGCAUGAGACUUGGAAGCUGUCAGAGUACUUUCGCGUGGUUAUUCCUGCAAGUUUCCUUCCCAGGAGCUUCCCGCAGGUGGGCAGCUAGCUGCAGCGACUACCGCAUCGCAGCCUGUUGAACUCUUCUCAGCAAAAGAAGGGGAGGCGGGAUAAAGGAAUUAGGUGGAAGAUUCAGCCAAGCUCAAGGAUGGAGGUGCAGUUAGGGCUGGGGAGGGUCUACCCCCGGCCGCCGUCCAAGACCUAUCGAGGAGCUUUCCAGAACCUGUUCCAAAGUGUGCGCGAAGUGAUCCAGAAUCCAGGGCCCCGGCAUCCUGAAGCCGCGAGCGCAGCACCUCCCGGCGCCCGUCUGCAGCAGCAACAGGAGAUCAGCCCUCGGCGGCGGCGGCAGCAGCAGCAGCAGCAGCAGCAGCAGCAGCAGCAGGGUGAGGAUGGCUCUUCCCAAGCCCAGAGCAGAGGCCCCACAGGCUACCUGGCCCUGGACGAGGAACAGCAGCCUUCACAACAGCCGUCAGCCCCCGAGGGCCACCCAGAGAGCGGCUGCGUCCCAGAGCCCGGAGCCGCCUCGGCCGCCGGCAAGGGGCUGCAGCAGCAGCCACCAGCACCUCGGGACGAGGAUGACUCAGCUGCCCCAUCCACGUUGUCCCUGCUGGGCCCCACUUUCCCGGGCUUAAGCAGCUGCUCUGCCGAUCUUAAAGACAUACUGAGCGAGGCCGGUACCAUGCAACUCCUUCAGCAGCAGGAGGCGGUAUCCGAAGGCAGUAGCAGCGGGAGAGCGAGGGAGGCCUCUGGGGCUCCCACCUCCUCUAAGGACUGUUACCUAGGGGGCAGUUCGACCAUCUCGGACAGUGCCAAAGAAUUAUGUAAGGCAGUGUCGGUGUCCAUGGGCUUGGGUGUGGAGGCAUUGGAGCAUCUGAGUCCUGGGGAACAGCUUCGGGGGGAUUGCAUGUAUGCCCCGCUCCUGGGAGGUCCACCCUCUGUGCGUCCCACUUCUUGUGCCCCGCUGGCCGAAUGCAAAGGUUCUCUACUGGAUGACGGCUCAGGCAAGAGCACCACCGAAGAGACUGCUGAAUAUCCCCCUUUCAGGGCAGGUUACGCCAAAGGGCUGGAUGGCGAGAGCCUGGGUUGCUCUGGCAGCGGCGAAGCCGGGAGCUCCGGAACACUUGAUCUGCCAUCCACCCUGUCUCUCUACAAACCUGGAGCACCGGACGAGGCAACAGUUUAUCAGAGUCGCGACUACUACAACUUUCCGCUAGCCCUGACCGGGCCGCCGCCCCCUCCGCCGCCUCCCCAUCCUCAUGCCCGCAUCAAGCUGGAGAACCCGCUGGACUAUGGCAGCCCCUGGGCCGCGGCGGCGCAAUGCCGGUAUGGGGACUUGGCGGGCCUGCACGGCGGGGGUGCAGCAGGACCGGGCUCAGGCUCACCCUCAGCCACCUCCUCCUCUUCCUGGCACACUCUCUUCACAGCGGAAGAAGGCGAGCUCUAUGGGCCCUGUGGCGGGGGCGGGGGCGGCAGCGCAGGCGAGGCAGGGGCUGUAGCCCCCUAUGGCUACCCUCGGCCACCUCAGGGGCUGGCUGGCCAAGAGGGAGACUUCCCUCCACCCGAUGUGUGGUAUCCUGGCGGCGUGGUGAGCAGAGUGCCCUAUCCAAGUCCCAGUUGUGUCAAAAGCGAGAUGGGUCCGUGGAUGGAGAACUACUCCGGACCUUACGGGGACAUGCGUUUGGAGACUGCCAGGGAUCAUGUUCUGCCCAUCGACUAUUACUUUCCACCCCAGAAGACCUGCCUGAUCUGUGGGGAUGAAGCUUCUGGCUGUCACUAUGGAGCUCUCACUUGUGGAAGCUGCAAAGUCUUCUUUAAAAGAGCUGCUGAAGGGAAACAGAAGUACCUGUGUGCCAGCAGAAAUGAUUGCACCAUCGAUAAAUUCCGAAGGAAAAAUUGUCCAUCUUGUCGCCUCCGGAAAUGUUAUGAAGCAGGGAUGACUCUGGGAGCCCGGAAGCUGAAGAAACUUGGUAAUCUGAAACUACAGGAGGAAGGGGAGGCUUCCAGAGCCACCAGCCCCACUGAGGAGCCAACCCAGAAGCUGACGGUGUCACACAUUGAAGGCUAUGAGUGUCAGCCCAUCUUUCUAAACGUCCUGGAAGCCAUCGAGCCUGGUGUGGUGUGUGCUGGACAUGACAACAACCAGCCCGACUCCUUUGCAGCCUUGCUCUCUAGUCUCAAUGAAUUGGGCGAAAGACAGCUUGUACAUGUGGUCAAGUGGGCCAAGGCCUUGCCUGGCUUUCGCAACUUGCACAUGGACGACCAGAUGGCAGUCAUUCAGUACUCCUGGAUGGGGCUUAUGGUGUUUGCCAUGGGCUGGCGGUCCUUCACCAAUGUCAACUCCAGGAUGCUCUACUUCGCCCCUGACCUGGUUUUCAAUGAGUACCGCAUGCACAAGUCCCGGAUGUACAGCCAGUGUGUCCGAAUGAGGCACCUCUCUCAAGAAUUUGGAUGGCUCCAAAUCACCCCCCAAGAAUUUCUGUGCAUGAAGGCACUGCUGCUGUUCAGCAUUAUUCCAGUGGAUGGGCUGAAAAAUCAAAAAUUCUUUGAUGAACUUCGAAUGAACUACAUCAAGGAACUUGAUCGUAUCAUUGCAUGCAAGAGAAAAAAUCCCACAUCCUGCUCAAGGCGCUUCUACCAGCUCACCAAGCUCCUGGACUCUGUGCAGCCUAUUGCACGAGAGCUGCAUCAGUUCACUUUUGACCUGCUAAUCAAGUCCCACAUGGUGAGCGUGGACUUUCCAGAAAUGAUGGCAGAGAUCAUCUCUGUGCAAGUGCCCAAGAUCCUUUCUGGAAAAGUCAAACCCAUCUAUUUCCACACACAGUGAAGCUUUGGAAGCGCCUAUUUCCUCACCCCACCCUACUCCCCUUUUCAGAUAUCUUCUGCCUGUUAUAACUCUGUACUACUUCUCUGCAGUGCCUUGGGGAAUUUCCUCUGUUGAUGUAUAGUCUGUCAUGAAGAUGUUCCUGAGUUCUGUUUGCCGGGCUUUUUUCUCUUUUCCUCCUUUCUUUUGUUCCCCCUCCCUGUCCUACCCUCCCAUGGCACUUUCAGACUCUGCUGCCUGCCAUGACUAUUAUCUGUGUUUUGAAUGGUGGUGUAUUUCUUUAAAUCUGUGAUGAUCUUCAUGUGGCCCAGUGUCAAGUUGUGCUUGUUUAUAACUGCGCUGUGUGCCAGCCACACAAAUGUUUACUUACCUAAUGCCACAGGAAGUUUAGGGAGCUAAGAGUAUCUGGGAAAACGAAAACAAAAACAAAAACCUUGCUAGCGUUUUUCCUCUUAAAAAGUGUAAAAACAAACCAAAAUCCCCAAAGAGGCCAACAGUGACUAGAAUAAGGUGAAAAUUGCAAGCCCAUGGGGAGUCACUGCUUUUUUUCCAAACCCUUCCUCCCUAGGAGACUUUAUUUUCUGCCAUUGGCUAUUGCCAUUAGAGAGCAAGGUGACCCCAGAGCUGAGUUGGGGCAGGGGGCAAAUUUAAGAGAAUGAAGAGGAGAGGACAGAUGGAUCACCAGUACCUGCCCACAGCCUUGGCCUCUGAAGUCUAGACUGCUCAACUACAGUGCAGUUCAUUGUACUGAAAAUGUGCUUCUUGUUUGAAAACUUGUCUGCAUGUGAACGCCUCCCCCCUAAUCCCUUUUCUCUUUCACCCUCUGCCUCCACUCUCAAAUUGACGUUCUGUAGCUUUUCUAAGAGCUUUGAACCGAAUGUUCUCUUUAGCCAAAACUUGGCCACUUCCAGUGAAGAGUAAGAUCAGUGAAAAGGAGAGGAGAGAUCUGACCCUUUGAAAGGGCCCAUCUAGAUCCAGCCCUGCUUUCCCAUUUGUGGGCCAAGGAGGAGCUUGGGGCUGGAGUUAGAGGAAAAGGAAGUGGUGGCUUGGCUGUUAUCCUGCUUAGGACACUGAAGAUUUGAUCCUUCUUUGCCCCCACCUUUAAAAGACCUCGAUAUUUUUUGCCUGACUCCAUGCAGCUGCAAGCUCCUCCACCCUCCCUUUAGUGUUCUGUGGGGCUGAACUUCACCAGACUGCAUUACAGCCACAGUGGUGAAGCUUGUUCACUCCUUUCAGCAUGUUCACAGACUCUCUGCUAAGAGCCCCCACCACCAAAACGGCUAGCAAGCCAGCAGUCUUGACAUCUGUCUCUAGAUGCCAGUAGGCUCAAAGACUUCUUACCAAAAGUCUCUCAUCAACUAUCAGAUUUCUGGAGCCCUUGGACAAACUGGAAAGAAGGCAUCAAUGGGAUUGGACAACCUGGGCGUCUUGCCCUUGUCCCCCAGAGAUGAUAACGUCCCACCAAGUGGAAAAAUGCCAACUUCCUCCUUCAUAGCAGCUAAAGGGGCUACCCAGACCAGAGUUGAAGAGAAAACUCAAUUACCAGGGCGGGAAGAAUGAAGGCACUAGAACUAGAAACUCUAUAAAUGCUCUCCUUGCCACCCAGCAUAUCCACCUACAAAAGUCAUGGAAAGAAGAGAGAAGAAACCAAGAGGAGACUCUGACUACUAAAUUAAAGUCUUCAGAGGCAAAAUCUAAAGCCAGAUGGGCACCAUCUGGUGAGUUUACUCAUCCUCCUCCUCUGUUGCUGAUUCUGGGAUCUGACAUUGGCCAUACUCACUCAGACUUCCCAUCUUUCUUGCUGCCUCUGUGUCAGAGGGAGGCUGAAACAUGGAGACUACAGAACCAUGGAAAGGUUUGGUUGUUGUGACUCCAAUGGGCUGCCACCCAUGAACUCAGGGUGUGUUCCUGGGACACUGGUUUCAUAUAGUCCUUUGGCACACCUCUGUUCUGUUGACUUUGUCCCUUAAUCCCCAGUGCAGGGGGAGUGUCCACCUACUUUCUCAUCUUGGCCACUGCCUCCUCACUUAGCUCUUAAAUUCAUCUGCUAAACUCAAGAAAUUAGGGGCCAGUCAUCAAGCUGCCCAUUUCAGUUGGUUCACUCUACUUGUUGAGGAGAUAGUUUCAGAGUGACAUGAUAUGAUCUACAUGGGUUUCCUCCCCUGAUUUCUGUGUUGAUAUUAAUAGCCAAAUGAACUUGCAAAACAGCUUCUUUAAAUAACAAGGGAGAGGGGAACCUAAGAUGGGUGAUAUACCAAUCCAAGACUGCUGGAUAAAACUAAAGCUGACAGGUUUUCUUUCUAGGGUAGGAUAGAUAAAUUCUGGUUUUCUUUGUUAUGACACCACUUGGCUUAUGUAAGCUCACAGUAUCGCUUUUAGCUGUUUUAAACAG